AUGAAGGUGCAACAAGAACCGAUGACACUGCCCAGUAAUAAUGCAUGGAAGACAAUAAAAGAACAUAUCAAUGACAAGAUGAUUACCAAACAAGAGGAGGUAGAUGAAGACCUCGAAGAAACAAUAAUCGGCCACCCAAGGAAGGAGUAUCAUCAAGAGAAGGCGACAAACCGACCAAAAGAUGUAUUAACAAAUGACAAGGUGGAAGAGAGUCUUGAUGAGAAGAUAUGUUCUGAGCUGCAAAGAGAAGUUGACCAUGUAGAAAAGGUUGAUAAAGCUGUCCAAGAGAUUGAUGCAAUAAUCAGAAAUCAAGAAUUAAUCUGUAACGAGAUAUCAGUUGCUUAUGACAGCCCAAAUUUAUGUGAAAAAAUGACAAUUACAGACAAUAGAGCCAUAGUGCCCAAGGUUAUCAGUGGCCAGAUUGAAGUGGGAAAUGAACCAGAAAAAGGAAAUAA